GUGAGGUUUACUAACAAUUUCUCCGAGCGCCGGCGGAGCCAAGGAGUGCUGGAAUCCAGCGUCUGGGAGAGGCUUGGGACACUCUUCCUCUGCUUCCGCAGCCGCAAAGUAGGGCUGCCAGCGCCAGGAUCGGCUCACACGCCGCUGCCGCCUCCCCAGCCCCCAAACGGCUGGGGUACGGAGGGAAAGGAGGACGCGAGGCUGUGCUACCCAACUCGGUAGAGUGAAGCCGAGGCCCCUUUGGCUGUCGAGGAAAUCGCGGCUGGGCCGGCCAGAUCCGUCUCACGGAAUGCGAUUUCCAGGUUCUCAGCGUGUUCCCGGCUCGGUGCUCGGUGUUCAAAGGGGUGGGGAGGGGCGAAAAGCCGUCCCCGGAGGCUGCUCAGCCUCCUGGGAAGCCCGCGGCUCUGGCUUCACGCGUCAGGCGCUCUCUCCGAGCCCAGCCGAGCCGGGCCCGGGCGCUCAGCCCGCGGCGCUCCGCUCUCAGCCGGGGACGUGGCUCUCCGUCUCCCGCCCGCGCCGCGCCAGUCCGGCGGGCUACCGGCCCGAAAUUCCAGAAGAAACUUGCGCCGCGCACCCCAGCUCGCCCCUUGAGCCCCCCUCCGCUUACCGUUCCCCGCCGAGGCUCCGUCCUCUCCGGCGUCGCCUCCGCAGCCUCCAGAGCCCGCUCCCGACCCCCCUCACUCUAGGGCGCCCAGGCUCCCGGCCCCCUCCUAGCCGAGCCCUCCGCGCGCCCGCCGCGCCAUGGGUGCUGGUGGGCUCCGCGCCCCGGGAUGCGCUGCUGCAGCCUCGGGCGACGCUACUGAGAGCCGGGCCGGCGCGGGCGAGUAGGUGUGGGCGAAAGGGGUGGAGGGAGGGACGCGGCGGGCGCCGAGGCUCCGUUGAAGAGCAGAGGAAACCGCAACGUCACCAGAGCCCGAGGAGGCGAGGAUGA